AUGGCUUUGGGAGCAGAGGAAGCACCUCGCUCCUUGGGAGACUCGAUCAACAUCGCUACGAGAUCCGUCCACACCCAGCUCAACAAGCUUAUCAUCCUUCGACUCCCGUUGGCUGUCCCUCCGCAGGCCGAGGACCCUUCGAAUUACGUUUCCGGUCUUCUUUACAUCGCCCCUAUAUAUAAUGCUUUCGAGUCGUCCUGGCAGAAAGUCUUGGAGGCCCCGGUCUCUGCUGAGAACAAUCCUGCCACAGACCGGCAUAGCUGUGAAGCGUGCGGCCCAGCUUCAACAGUCCACCACGCACCUAAUGUUCUAGAUGCUCCACACCAGGCUGUGGUAUGCUCCAGAAUCCAUUCGCUCCUGGAACAUGUGCACACGUCCUCGCUAGAACGAACAGAAGCCAUCAAGGAGGACAUCAUGUCCAUGACGGGAUGGCCUUCCGCGUUAUUAGAGGAACAGCUCAGCUCUGCAGCCGAGUCGCCCUUCCUUUCUGCUUUCGUGAAGCACAUACGUCAGGCCGUUCAGAACCGGCCGCACGUGUUACUCGCCUAUGCCUGGGUGCUCUACAUGGCACUCUUCAGCGGCGGACGCUUUAUCAAAGCGUCACUGGCACGGAUAGACCAGGACUUCUGGACUGCCAACCUCAUGACCCCCAGUAAGCACGCCGAAGCCCUGCCGCUGAACUUUUUCACCUUCGACGGGCCCGACGGUGGUGACGAGAUCAAGGUGGCGUUCAAGAAGCGCCUGGCCGAGUCUGAGUCCCUGCUGACAGCAGGAGAGCGAGAGGAUGUCAUCGCAGAGGCAAAGCGCAUUUUUGAGUUCAUGGUCGAGAUCGUGGGCGAGCUCGACAGCGUCUGUAGAACGGACCCUGUGGAGAGCGUGGACCACGACGAGGGCAUCAUGGGCCGCAUGAGCAGGUUGUUGGGACUGAGGACGAGAGACAGUGUUGUAGUCACGAGAGAGAGGAUGACAUGGGCCAAGUUGAUGGUUGAACAGAGUGCGGAGGACGACGAGGAUGCCGGGGCUCAGACCGCCGGUGGAGGCAGUCCCGGGAUCGCGGAGGAGAGCAGCAGCUCUGGAUCGGGGAGUCGAGGGCCCGCCCUGCAUGACCAGGGCGGCGAAGGAGUUCAGUUCGCGGGCAUGGAUGGGAGCUAUGAGCAACGAAGAGGCAUGAUGGCAUAG